AUGCCUUCAGACUCGUCCAGCAGCAAACCCGCCAAACGCGUUGUGGACGACAAGGAGAGUUGGGAAUACCCUCUAUCCCAACUCAAAGCCCAGCAAGCUUUGGUACGCUCUCCGAACCUCAAAGAUCCAGGCUACAUCCGCCAGAAAGCCAACAAGAAACUCUGGGUUCGCGAACGUAUCGACGGCAUCCUCGAUAAAGACUCUUUCGCGGAAGUGGGCUCUAUCUCUGGGAAACCGAUCGUGGAUCCCAAGACUGGGGAAUUGGUUUCGUUUACACCCGCGAAUAAUGUUACUGGUUGGGGAAAAGUGGAUGGUCGGAAAGUCUUCGUUACUGCUGAUGACUUUAGUGUGAGAGGUGGACAUGCGGAUGGCGGGAUUAUGAACAAGCCGAUUUAUGGAGAGAUUCGACUCCUUGACGGCUCAAGCGGAGGAGGAAGCGUUGCAUUGUAUCUAACAAUGGGCGCGACUUACAUCCCCCAAAUGAACAUCCUGUCAAGAACAAUCGAGGCUCUCUCAGUCGUCCCCGUCGUCUCAGCUCUACUUGGCCCCGUAGUCGGACUAGCCUCCGCCAAAGCCUGCCUAGGCCACUUCAGCGUCAUGGUCAAAGACCUCAGCCAACUCUUCGCAGCCGGGCCCCCAGUCGUCAAACAAGCAACCUUCGAAGACCUCUCCAAGGAGGAGCUAGGCGGGUGGGAGAUCCACGCACGGAACGGCACAGUCGACAACGUCGCCUCCUCCGAAGCGGACGCCUUCAGACAAAUUCGGGCUUUCCUCUCCUACCUGCCUUCCUCCGUCCUAUCGCUACCUCCCGUCCUGCAUUCCACUGACCCAGUGGAUAGAAGGGAAGAAGAAUUGUUGAAUAUUAUCCCGAGGAGACGGGCGAGGCCGUAUGAUAUUCGACGGGUUAUUCAUUUGAUUGUGGAUCGUUUGGAGGGUGGUGAGAGUACGUUCUUUGAGAUUGGGGAGCAUUGGGGGAGGAGUAUUGUUACUGGGUUUGCGAGGCUUGCUGGGAGACCUGUUGGAGUGUUGUCGAGUGAUUGUAAAGUCAACGGAGGUCUGUCCUCGUGUUUCUUCUGCCUGGGCUACCAGAUACUUAAUAAUUGGGCAGGUGCGAUCGACGCAUUGGGCAGCCAGAAGACCACCAAGUUCGUCAACCUUUGCAACCACUUUGGUGUUCCCAUCCUGAACUUGGUAGACCAACCAGGCUUCGCCAUCGGCUCCCAAGCAGAGCGAAACGCGACAAUCAAACACGGCGCCGCCACCAUGGUCGCCCUCUACCACGCCACAAUCCCCAUCUACACCACCAUAAUCCGGCGCGCGUUUGGGGUCGCCGGGUGCGCCUUUGCCGACCCCGAAGACGGGCGCGGCGUGCGCGUCGCCUGGCCCUCGGGCGAUUGGGGCAGCCUCCCCCUCGAAGGCGGUAUCGAGGCGGCGUAUAAACGCCAGCUUGAGAAUGCUGGAUCGCCGGAGGCGAGGGAGAGGAUGAUGGAGGAGUUGUUGGGCAAGUUUGAGGAUGUGAGGAGUCCGAUGAGGACUGCGAACCAGUUUGGGAUUGAGGAGAUUGUUGAUCCUAGGGAUACGAGGCGUUUGGUUUGUGAGUGGAUUGUCCAUGUUUAUGAACAUGUUCUUCCGCCGCUUGUUGCGUACAAGCAGGCGACGUAUGGACCGGAUGGCGUGUUGAAUGGCGGUCGGGCGUAUAGGUUGUAG